CUAAAAUUAUAUCCGAUUCGAUUUGUACCUAACAAGUUACAAGCUAAUUCAAAAAUUAUCUUGAAUAUCUUUAAUAAAGCCAGAAAUGUGGGACAUAAAUUGUUACACAAACAAAAUAUGAUAACGCAAAGAUGUCUGUCGUGAUAUAGGGCAAAAAUAGUUCGCAUCGCAAUAAUGCCCCCUUAUCGUGACAGUUUAAACUAAAAACAGAAAACAAAGCCUAUUUGUGUACAAAUUAUUAUUAAAUACAGCUUUAAAAGAUGUUUUCGAAGAAUUUAACUACAAAGGACUCGUUCCUUGAGCAGAUGAAAGCAGCAAGAGAAGAGCGCGCGCUCGAAAAGAAAAGAGAACAGUCUGCCAUAAAAAUACAGGCAAUAGUUCGCGGCUGGUUAGCGAGACAAAGAUUUAUCAAGCUUAUUUUAAAUGAAUUUGAUCAAUUGUUACCUGAAACUAAUCAUGGAUCUCAAGAAGAAGGCCAACAACCAGAUUUUGUACAAGCCCUGGAUGUAUACAAAGUUACUUGCCAUUUAUUUUUAGUUUUUAAACCGCAGAGGGACAGAAAGAGGUUUGAAAAGCUCUGCAAAUAUAUUGUACAGAGUUUGCAUUCUGAAUCUGUGAAAAUAUCUUAUGUGGGAGUGUUCCUCAAUAAAGAGUACAGUUUAUGCUGGAUACAACACAUAAAAGAUCUCCUGUUCAAAUGUUGCCAGUAUCUGGAAGAGUUGAAACCCGAGUCUCCAAUAGACAUGCAAAGUAUUCUCAUACAUUUGCACACUCUGUUGGAGUUCACAGCUAUAAAUACAUGGGCACUCACAAGAUUGAAAAACUUUGAUAAGCUGAGAGGCGGUAUGACCCAACUAUGCGCUAAUGUGAUGGGGUCCUUGUUUCAUAAAGGAUAUUAUUUAACAUUAAAGUCGCUCCUCCUGCGAGGCCUUUGCCGCGAGAAAGUCAGCCUCAAGAACAUAGCUCUAUCAGCGAUUGUCGCACUUGCGCUGCGCCCGCUGAUCUCAGCGCAGUUUUCUGAAAAACUACUGACAAUGUUCAUCAUACAAAUACUCUCCGUUCCGACACUGGUGUAUCACAUGCAACUUAUAUCACCAGAGUCUAUUUCGACAUUCCGCACUCACGCACUAUUCGAUAAGUCGAUCGAAUUUCUGAGCGCAGAUCAGAAUAUGCGAAUUGUAUUCAAUACAUUGGAAGGAAACUACGCUCUGUGUCUGUUGGGAAACCUUAUCCAGUUGGCGCAUAUUGAACGGGACCACACACAGUCGGAUACGUUUUAUCCAACUUUUGUGCUUGUCACAACUCGUUUUCUGGACAGCUGUCAACAGUAUGUAGUAUGCAAGAAGGGAAACCUCAGCAACUGGCAUCCGGUACUUGGCUGGUUCUCGCAAGGUUUCGACGCUUAUUUACCUCCCGCUAUGGGCAAUCUAAGGAGCCAACUGUCUCUGCUAUGGGGAGCACCGUUGCUGAAGAAGCUAUUGGCCAUACCGCUAAAGGAAAUGCUGGAGGGUGGCAUUUCUGCAGAGGAGGGAGCGGGUCCCUCUCAACAAUCAUCUCCGGUGCAAUUAAAUAACCCAGCAGCAUUUAUACGGAGAGCCAUUGAGGCUAGAACAAAUAGAGGUAGCUCAAAUAAAAGCUACAGAAAGUUGGGCUCGCCGGACUGCACAAAGGUCGCAUUAAUUUGCUCAAUGUAUCACACAGCUUUACAAACUAUGACUCAGGUCAAACUUGAUAUAUUGACAGGCCUAUGCAAUCAAGACGAAAUUUUAUACUCGCUAUGGCAAUUCCUAUGUACGUUGGGACCAAACAGUGGAUUGAAAGCUUUCCUUGAUUUAUUGGCCGUUAAUACAAAAUCGUCGGCGCCGGAGUUUCAAAUGCUCAUAUUAUUUGCUGAUUGUAUGACCCAUUAUGUAACAAUACUUGAUGAUAUGGAAAUGUAUGAAAAGCAGGAACCGUUUAAGCUACAAGACUAUGUCAACAUGUCAUUGUUUUUGAACAUGUUUAUAUACAAAUCCAUCAUUGGACAAUUAUUUGAUCUCAAAAACAUCCAAAGCAACGAGGUAUUCAGAUCCCUUCACACGCUACUGCUGGUGCUGUACCGGCGCGACUGCCGCCGCUCGUACACGCCCGCGGGACACUGGCUCGUGAGGGACAUACGGGAUUCGCACUUUAUGGCCGACUUGGAGAAGGGCAAGAAACCGCAACAGGUCCUGGUGCAAAAGACUCCACACAUGAUCGCUCAUGGGGAACGAGUGAGGUUGUUCAGAAGAGCCGUGGCUGAUGAAAAGGUGGUGCUGGGGCUGACGGAGCGCGCGUGCGGCGGGCGCUCGACGCUGGUGACGGUGCGGCGCGCGCGGCUGGUGGAGGACGGCUACCGGCAGCUGGCCGCGCUGCCCAGCCGCGCGCUGCGCGCCGUCGUGCGCGUGCGCUUCGUCAACGAGCAGGGGCUGGACGAGGCGGGCAUCGACCAGGACGGCGUCUUCAAAGAAUUUUUAGAAGAAACUAUCAAGCGGGUGUUCGACCCCUCGCUGAAUUUAUUCCGUGUGACGAGCGAGGAGAGAUUGUACCCAUCACCGACUUCAUGCCUCCAAGAAAAUCAUCUGCAGCUAUUUGAAUUCAUUGGAAGAAUGCUCGGCAAAGCAGUGUAUGAGGGGAUAGUAGUAGAUGUGCCGUUCGCAUCGUUUUUCCUGAGCCAAGUGCUGGGGCAGACUCAGCAGGCACUGUACAGUUGGAUUGACGAACUGCCCUCACUCGAUAGAGACUUGUAUAGAAGUCUCACGUAUAUCAAACAUUUUCAGGGGGAUAUAUCAAGUUUGGAGCUAACAUUCUCGGUGGACGAGGAACGACUGGGGGAGAUAGUUACACACGAGCUGGUGCCCGGGGGCAAAGCUAUACCUGUCACCAAUGAAAAUAAAAUUAAUUACAUACAUUUGAUGGCUCACUUCCGGAUGCACACGCAGAUCAAGGAUCAAACGAAUGCUUUUAUAAAGGGAUUUCGGGCUAUAAUUAAUCCCGAGUGGCUGUCGUUGUUUUCUACGCCGGAGAUGAAGAUCGAAAUGCAAAAUCAAACAACAGAACUAACGAAUACAUUGCUUGUAAAGAUGGAAGAAAAGUUAAAACCCGUUGUAGAAGAAAAUCAUAUGUUGAAACUUAAAGUAGAAAAGCUGGAAAAGAAGUUCGUGACAUCAUGUUCGAAACCGCCCGUGCUCGGCUUUGCACACCUGAAACCGCCGUUUUCGAUUCGCUGCGUGGAAGUGGGUGAUGAUGAAGACACCGGUGAUACCAUAGGGAGUGUAAUAAGAGGUUUCUUCACGAUACGAAAGAAGGAUCCGCUCAACCGUUUGCCGACCUCGUCCACGUGCUUCAAUCUACUCAAAUUACCCAACUACCAGAAAAGGAGCACACUGCGGGACAAACUGCGAUACGCUGUUAAUAGCAACACUGGUUUUGAACUAUCUUAAAAACCAAUUUUUAAAAAGGAAUUUAGAUCCUAUUUCAAGGUCGUUAAGACAUUGGUUUCAUUAUCACGCUUUGCUGCCUUUGAUCCGUAUUUGGAAGGAGAAUUGUUUAUUUUUUUACUUAGGACGCGAUAUUUUACAGACUUUUGGUUUAUUUUUAUUUUAAAUUUGUUAAAAUACAUGGUGACUUAUCUUGUUAAUGGACGGGACGGUUUAAUUAACAUUUUACACUUUGAGUUUUUAUUUAAUCUAUAAUAAUUGAUGAUGCUACUUUGACUCAUAGUUGCUAAUAUUCCAAAGAGUUUAAAACAAUAUUGUUUUUUUCCAUAACAAUUUUGAAUGAUCUCUGUAAACCAUUCAGUAGUUAAAUAGUUUAAUUAAAAUCGCUUAAGCCGUGUUCAUUUUUAUUAAAUUGGCCGAAAAUUGAACUUUCUUCUAAAAUUUUAUUUUACACGUGUAAGGUUAUUAUUUUAUGUUAAUAGGGACAUUCUGAUAUAGGAAAAAAAGAAAAUACUCACAUUCAAAUUUAACUAAAAUGUGCUUAUACAUUAAAUUUGGCGAUUAAAGUUUUCAUAAUUUUCUUUUAUAAAAUAUUGGGGUGGUGGCAAUUCUUCAAAUAAUAAGAGUCAACUCUUUAAACAUCACAUGCUCAAAAACAUCUUAAUAUGAAACAAAUAUUGAUGGUUCAAAGUUUAUUUGGGUACUCAAUAUAUAUUAUUUUUUAAUUAAAUUCGGUAAAUUUGAAAACAAGUAUGUUUGUUAUGGACAAAAAAAAAAGAAAAAAUUACAAACAUUAAGUUGGUUGGGUACAAAUGAGACCUUCACAAAGCUUUCAGCUCUAGCUCACAUGCACCUUACAUUCUUGGUGUAUACCUUAUUUAUUCAAAACUACCCGCACUAAGCAAUUUUUGUGUGAAAUCUUACGUGGCCAGUAUAUGAUCGGAAUGACUGUCGGCACAUUGGCAAGGGGAAAUAAUAUUUGUAAAUAGAACUAAUUAAGAUUUAGAAACAUAACAAUUGGUCUUAGGUUAAAAUAAAAUAAUACGAAUUAGAAAUCGAAUUGUUAGCGUUUUUAUUGAAAUUGUUUUAGUUUUCUUUCACCGUCUGUACAUAUUUACUUAAGAACAUAACAUAAACGGUCGAAAUUUGAGAUUGCAAUUUUGAUACUUAGGUAACGGGGUUUUUGUAUAAAUGUUUUGGAAGUAGUAUAUAUCUAAAUUGAGCCAGUCCAUUUCAGGUCUAAAAUAUGAUAAAAUGUACAUAGACAAUAAUAAUCACUUAGCGUAUACUAUUAUGGAAUAAAAAUACAUAGUUCGACUUCUUAAUUAUUACAUAAAAUAUUUUUCAAUUGAACACUUUAAAAUUAAUUUCAAUAUUACUACAUAGAUUGAGCUCAAAAUACUGAAUUACUAAGUUUUACAUUAUAACACACAUUGUAAACCCUUAUUUGUUGCAUGUCUGACCAAAAAUAAACAUAAAUAAUCGAUAUGAUUUUAUUUUAAACCGCAAUGUGUACCUUUGAAUUAAAUUAAUUCACUAAUCUUAAAUCGAUCACAUUAUCUCAACUAAAACACGUUUUAAAACGGCCAUGAAGUGUUUUAUUCUUAAAUAUUAAAUACUCAUGUAACAAUACAUAAGCGCUAUAUAAACUGUUACUUAGCUAACCAAUGUAAUUGUAUGUUUCAUUACUUCCUAUAUUCUAUUUUUAUUAUUUAUUAUACCGAUACUUGUUGCAGGACUUUUUCGAAAGGUUUUUUUCGUGCUUGUUUCGUAUUGAAAAACUGUCACAUUGUAAAAUAAUUUGAAUCGAAAAGCAAUAAUGUGUUUGUAAUUAAUCCCCCCCUCUCCUCUUGUUUUUAAUAGCCUAACCUUUCACAGCUUAUGCUUCCAAAAAAUGCGUUUCAAAUUACAUAUGGACAUGAUAAUAUUGCCGUUAGAAACGGCGGUGCUUUGGUUCUUGUUUAUUACAGAGUAUAAUAUGUGAAUUUUGCAUUAUGAUCAAGCUUGGUGCAAUGGAGGCGACUGUUAUGCUAAUGUUUUUUUUUUGUAAUUACUUUUUUUCUUCACAAUGGAACGAUAUUAGAUAACGGCUUGGUCAUCAGUAUCAUUACAAAAUGGCUUAAGCUCUAUACUGAUUUGGAACGUAUUCUGCUAUAUUAUCUUGGUUGUGUUUAUAUUACAAAUGAUGAUACGUGUUGAUCAGUUAAAGCAUAUUUAUAACCUUUGUCGUGAAACAAGUCUAGUUUAAUGCUUCCAAUAUCCUAACAAUAUAAAUAGCAUUCGUUUUAUCUUACAUAAUGUGUUUUACGUUGCUUGUUAGUAGUUGAUUUUAGGUUUCUGUAUAAAAGUCUUACAUUUUUAAAAAUACGUCUAGUUAUUAUUGGAUCUUGUAUUUUAUUAAACUUAUUUAUGUUUUGUUACAAGGACUGUAUAGUGCAAUCUUCUCAUGCCAUUUAAUAUUGUAUUACAACGUGUUUCGGAUAUAUUUUUGGAGAGUCAAUUGGAAAUAUCGGUAUUAAUUUUACAAGUUGUCUUACUGAUUCAUGAAUGAUAUUGAACUGAAGUAAUGCGCAUUCGUUUUCUUUGUGUAAAACGAUAUACGGAUUUCGAUAUUAGCAAUACACCUUUUUUAUUAAGAGAUGAAAAUCGUUAUUAGAAAAUCUAGUGCUCAAAAUUAUUUUUAAAUUAAGAAAAAAAAAAUUGUUAAGAUUUUGCAAGCACAUGUCAACCCCAGUAUGGAAUUUAAUUUAAAUGUGAAAAUCGUAAUUAAAAUAUUGUGUAUUACGGGACACGUUGUUAGAUUUACAAAUGAUGUAUUUUGUAGGGAUGUUUCAAUAUUUAAGGUCAUUCAUAUAGUGAACAUAUAUCUUUGUGGAUCGUUGUAAGGUAUAUUUUGUACUAGCCACGUAAAUGUUGUAUAACACAAUGUGAUUCUCUGUGAUAAAAUAAUUAAUAUUUAUUA